CGGGGGCGGGGAUGGGAGUCACCUCGCUGCCGGGAGCCCGCAGCCCGGCUCGCCGUCGGAGCCGGCUGCGCCGCGAUGAGCUGAGGCGUGUCUGUCAGAGGAGGCCACGCGCGGAGUUCUGUUCCUCCGGCUCUAGCCCUGAGACUUAUCGAACGCUUUCUCCAAGUGUUUUCUCUAGAAACUUGUCUCAAAUGAGGGCUGUGAGCCCUAACAAAGAAGGGUGUUGUUCGGGAGCCAACAGGUGACGGAGUGAAACCCGAGCGUGUGUGUACAUUGGAGUAAAGUCUUGACUGCUGUUUAAAAUAGAAUUAAAAAAAAAAAAAAAAAUCAAUGAGAGACUGUAGAAGGCGAGAUUUCUUCCUCGCUAAAUCCGCGCACCCCUGGAGGUCGGGGGGCAUUUCCCGAGCCGCCGCCCCCGAGGCGCUGCAGGGCUCCGCUCCGCCGCACCCCGCCCGGGGAAAGGGGAAAAGCGCCUGGAGCCGCGUGUAAAUACGGGACUGCGGCUGGGCAACGGGACUCCGCGACCGUCCGUGUAACGCGUGUUGGUAGCGGGCCUCCAGUGGUUCCCGUGCGGGCGCUUGUCGCUGCCGCCUUCGCCCCCGAACGCGGUUGCGGGCGGGAGGGCUGCGCCGAGCAGGUGAACGGGCUGCCCGCGCUAAUCUCAACUCGUUGAGCCUCCAUUGUGAAGGGGUGUGCGUGUGAUAUGCAUCUCCCAUCCCCUAUUGCCUUGUUAACAAGCGUUCUAACAAAAAAAGUCGUUAAACAAUUUGCCCCGCAGGACGGAGUAAAACAGCAGGGGGUGGGCGAGGAGAUGUUUGUCUAACCGUGCUCGCGAAUCGUGACCUCUCCUAUCUGGUCAGGGGUGACAGCGGAGCAAAAUCAGUGAGCUGGAAAUCCUGGAGCGGGGAUAAGCUCCCACCCGUGUCCGAGCGCGGUGCUCUGGGCUCGGGAUCCCCGUGUUCUCCCCGCCGGUGGGUUUGUAGUCGGGAGCGCAGUUUGCCUUCGCUUCUCCUUCUAAGAACUUGCUCGUGUAUGGUCAUCAUAGUGCAUCAGUGGAAAAAAAUGUCAUAAUUGCUUUUCUUUUGAAAUCGAAUUUAGCUGUUUAACUCAAUUAUGUUAUUCAUAGUUGUCAGGCUGCCAGCAAAAUAUCUCCUUGUAGGCUAGGAAGCUCUUUUUUUUUUUUUUUUCUUUUUGUGAGGCAGUAUUGGAAACCUCAGAACGUUCCACAGGACUUAAACAAGCAAAACAAAACUCGCUGUGUUACGCCGAUGUCAUGGCACGGGAAGAAAGAAGACCACCUUUCUACCCAUCCCUCAGAAAGCACUUAUUUUUUCAGCUGUUGUUUAUGUUCAUCUGAAUCCUCCUUAGGAUGCCAUCAUUUCAAACGGCUUCGCUUUGAAGAAGCAGUGCAGCUGGGGGGUGGGGAGGAUGAGCCUCAUAGCUUGAAAAUGCAAACCAAAUUACGCUUCAGCUUCAGGAAAGGAAGGAGAACUUCUAAACAAGUAAUUGCUAAAAUGGUUGGGCAGAUAGCUUGCUGUUAGGCUGCGCUGUUUUCAGAAACCACGAUAUUUGCAGCUCGGCCACGCUGCUUUAUGGCGUAUUGUCAGCCAGUUUACAGCGGGCUCAGUAGUAGCACUGUGGUAAGUGAACGCUGUCCUUUGAGUAAGCUGGGCUUGCUGAGAUUGACGCCCCUUGCUUUAAAUGCUGUCCAUCGCCUUAUCUCGGGAGGAGCCCCGUGAUGGUGAAGUUGCUUCUUGCAGCUUGAGGUCAGGGGUGUUUCCCCGUUAUUCCCUGCCAUUCCUGCUGCCGUCCCGCCCCGUGUCACGGGGACAGCGGGCCUGUGGAUCUGCCCUGCUCUGCCCAAAAUGAACAGGUAAAGGUGACCGAAGCAGCAUCAGCCUUGGUAGAAAAGCAUCGUGUCCGGUCUCUAAUGAAAGCCUCGUCUUUGGAAUUAGGCAGCUGUCCCGCGUUCACAUGCCUUUGGUAUGCUUGAAAUCCUAACAGUAUUCAGCACUGCUUUUUGCCACACAGAAGUAGCGCGUAGCCUUAGCGUUCAGAAAUGCACAGGAAAGCUAGCAGGCAUACACAGGGUCACAGUUAUUUAUUUUUCUUGUCAGCUGGAGAAAGCAAGGCAGAGCAGUUGACCUGUGAUCCCACAGAGAGGCGUUGGAGCAAUGCACGUUGAGCAGUGCCACGGUUACCCGGUGCGCUGGUGCCCCGAGCCUGCAAAGCUGACAGGCUCUGUGGCUAAACGCCAUGUCAGGUUUGCUCCUUGCUGGCGUGGUUGAGGUCAGGCUGCCUAGUGAAGCUUUGACAAAGAUGCUUCGUCUUGUGGCUCCUUUCAUCCGUGGGUUAUUGGGCAGGAGUCAGCUUUUGAAAAGUGACAGCUUGAUCAACACGGCUUCUCGUGACACAGUGCCGCAGGAAUUGGCAGUAUCAGCCCAGGCCUCGGUGAGUGGCAUUUGUUGUAAGCCAGCCGUCCAGCUACUUCCGAUGGGGAAUCGUGAGGCACCGCAUCCCCUGCUAGGGGCGUCUCGGGAGGACUUGGACUUCUCAUUGAUGCCCAUCGUGGUGAUGGCUGGAUUUAUAGUUCAGAAUUCUUUGGGUAUAGAUGAUGUGAGACACAAGGUGCCAACCCAACCCUAGCAUCGCUGUCCUUCUGCAGCAGGCAGCACUGUUGCUUUUUCUGCUAGCGGUGAUUUCUUACAACUGUAUGGCAGUAUUCUCCUGUUCCUGUGCCCCCAGCUCUACAGGAACUGUAACAACAAACAUUACCUGAUGGCUGACUUCAUUCCCACCAGGACGUGGGCAGGGACGCAGUGUUGUAUCACUUGCUGUCCUGUUAUCUGUUUCCAAUGGGUAUUAGCUCAGGGAGUCUAGUACGUACAAGAAUGUCUGCCUUCGCAUUUUAAGUAUACGGGAUGGAGCCUUUAGAGGCUUGUUCUUUGAUUCCAGUCGUACAUUGCAUUUUCAAUAGACAGUCUAUGACUUUCUAUCCUUGCUUUUGUAACAGUACAUAAGACAAUGGAAUUCAGUUAACAAGACUGAUCUGUCCAGUCACUGACAAUGCACGUGUGUACCAGGGGCUAUGAGCAGUCGGCACAUCUUCACCUAGAGUCAGACUUCCAAAAUGUGCCUGAUAUCUGACAAGCUCUGUAAGAAGCAGCCUGUUCUUAAAGGGGAGGCUGGCGGGCCUGCUUGCCCCGUAAGAUAUACAGUAAAUCUUUUCUUACAGUGUCAUCCUAGCAGCACACCAAAAAACAGUGUUUUCAAAACAGAAGUUUUAGAGCAAAGUUAACAAAGAAGGGACAUUUUUCAAGCGCUGGUCCAGGCAAGCAGUUAAGUCAUCUCUUUUUAUUGGGCGUGGGAAGGUGCAGACAUACUGAGAGCAGGGAUAGGCAGAAUGUGUAAUACCAAAUAUUGUCAUUUCUCUGAGUUGCUAACUUUGUAUGUGUGUGGCCACAUUUCUUUGAGCAGCUCUGGGUCUGCAUGACGUACUGAAGAAGCAGAGUGUGGCACUCACCUGUGCCCUGUGCAUGAAGGAGAACAAGUCCCUGCUGCUUUCCUUCCAGCUACGAUCCAGCAGCAGUUCGUCUUCUCUAACACGGUGCUGAUGGGACUUGCAGUGUGGGACCUGCCAGCAUCUUUCAGAUCGACUGCUUGAUGAACUGCAGCUGAAACAUUUAACACUUCACACUUAUGCCCCUGGAGAUGGAGCCCAAAGCUAACAGUCUCGUUUUUGCGUGUCAGCGAAGCUCAACAUCAGAUGAUGACUCUGGCUGUGCCCUGGAAGAAUAUGCCUGGGUCCCGCCAGGCCUCAGACCAGAGCAGGUACAGCUGUAUUUUGCCUGCCUGCCAGAAGAGAAGGUCCCUUAUGUUAACAGCCCUGGAGAGAAGCACAGGAUUAAACAACUCCUCUAUCAGCUGCCACCCCAUGAUAAUGAGGUGAGAUACUGCCAGUCUUUAAGCGAAGAAGAAAAGAAAGAACUGCAGAUGUUUAGUUCUCAGCGCAAAAAGGAGGCACUUGGACGAGGCACUAUUAAACUCCUCUCCAGGGCAGUGAUGCAUGCAGCCUGUGAACAGUGUGGUACAAAAAUAAAUGGUGGUGAAGUUGCAGUUUUUGCCUCGAGAGCUGGCCCUGGUGUAUGCUGGCAUCCAUCGUGCUUCGUGUGCUUCACGUGUAAUGAGCUCCUCGUUGACCUCAUCUACUUCUACCAAGAUGGAAAAAUUCACUGUGGCAGACACCAUGCUGAACUACUUAAGCCUCGAUGUUCAGCCUGUGACGAGAUAAUUUUUGCUGAUGAGUGUACAGAAGCUGAAGGUCGCCACUGGCACAUGAAACACUUCUGUUGCCUGGAGUGUGAAACAAUCCUGGGUGGGCAGAGAUACAUCAUGAAGGAUGGGCGACCAUUCUGCUGUAGCUGUUUUGAAUCCCUUUAUGCAGAAUACUGUGAGACCUGUGGGGAACACAUUGGUGUUGACCAUGCUCAGAUGACCUAUGAUGGACAGCACUGGCACGCUACAGAGACUUGCUUUUCUUGUGCUCAGUGCAAGACCUCUUUGCUUGGCUGCCCUUUCCUUCCAAAGCAAGGGCAGAUCUACUGUUCAAAAACCUGCAGCUUGGGCGAGGAUGUUCAUGCCUCCGAUUCUUCUGAUUCAGCAUUCCAGUCUGCUCGAUCGAGAGAUUCCAGGAGGAGCAUCCGCAUGGGAAAAAGCAGCCGCUCGGCUGACCAGUGCCGCCAGUCUCUCCUCCUGUCACCAGCCCUCAAUUAUAAAUUUCCUGGUCUUUCAGGCAACGCUGAUGAUACGCUUUCUCGUAAGCUGGAUGACUUAAGCCUUUCAAGGCCGGAGGCAAGCUUUGUUAAUGAAGACUUCUGGAAAGGAAGAGUAGAGCAAGAAAUGCCUGAAGACCCUGAAGAAUGGGCUGAACACGAAGACUAUAUGACUCAGCUUCUCCUGAAGUUUGGUGAUAAAAGCCUCUUCCAGCAACCUGCUGAAGUAGAAAUUAGAUCAAGUGAACACUGGAUUUCUGAUAGCAUGGUCAAGAGCAAGUUGGACUUGAAAAAAAAUAACCCAAGCCUAGCAAGUAAGAAGUAUCAGUCAGACAUGUACUGGGCCCAGUCGCAAGAUGGCUUGGGUGACUCUGCGUACGGCAGCCAUCCAGGCCCUGCCAGCAGCAGAAAAAUCCAGGAGCUAGACAUGGAACAUGGGGCGUCAGGAUACAAACAUGACCAAACACCGUGGUACGGAGGUUCACUUGAAUGUUUGUCUGAUCUGAAGCAGCAAGAACAAAGCGUGCGCGACUCGAUGGAUUCUUUGGCUUUGUCUAACAUAACAGGGGCUUCAAUGGACGGAGAAGGCAAGCCACGGCCAUCUCUGUAUUCUUUGCAAACUUUCCAAGAAUUGGAGGUAGAGGACUGUGAAAAGAUGAGCAACAUGGGAACUCUGAAUUCUUCAAUGCUCCAUCGGAGCACAGAGUCCUUGAAGAGUCUGAGCUCAGAGCUGUGCCAGGAAAAAGCAUUACCAGAGGAAAAGCCAGCACAUAUGCCUGUACUGAGAAGAUCUAAAUCCCAGUCUAGACCGCAGCAAGUAAAGUUUUCAGAUGACGUUAUUGAUAAUGGAAGUUAUGAGAAUGUUGAAAUCCGACAACCUCCAAUGAGUGAAAGGACUCGGAGGCGUGUUUAUCAUUUUGAAGAACGUGGAAAUCGACCUUCUCAUCAUCGCAGAAGAAGCAGGAAAUCUCGUUCAGAUAAUGCACUUAAUUUGGUCACAGAAAGAAGAUGCUCUCCAAAAGAGAGGUUUCGUUAUUACUCACCUCAGGAUCAUGAAAAAUUUAUUCAAAAUAAAAGCUCACGUGAGUUUCGGGCCUAUAUUCAAAAUGCGGAGCUGUAUGGACAGUAUGCCCAUACUAGUUCCGAUUAUGCACUGAGGAAUCAGGCGGUUGAUAAAUUUUUUGGAUUAUAUGGUGAGGAAGACGACUCCUGGUGCUCAACUUCAUCCUCAUCGUCAGAUUCUGAAGAGGAAGGGUAUUUCCUAGGACAGCCAAUUCCACAGCCACGAUCACUGAGAUACCCGUACUACACAGAUGACCUUUCUGGUACAACUAAUGCGUUAUCUAGUUCUCAGUUUGGACAAAGGACAACCAAAUCAAAGAAGAAGAAGAGGGGACACAAAGGGAAAAACUGCAUAAUUUCUUAGCUUGUUUUAACAGUUGGGAAGACCAGUCAACUCUAGCUACAGUUUGAACCACAUCUUUUUAUAUUAAUAAUUGUACUUAGGCAAGUUGCUAAGGUUCUUAAUGCUUUGCCAGUUUACCUGAUAACCUGUUCAGAGUUUACAUUGUGAAAGCAACAUUCAGAUAUGUCACUAUGCCCAACGACAAUCUGUUCAGAUUUCCCUAGGUUUACGUACUAGGUUUCAGCUGUCAAGAUAUUAUUACAGUGUUCUUGAUACAGACUUUUUGUAGACAUUUAUUUUAUGCUCUCUAUUCACCUACGUUCAAUUACCUGAGAGAGAGCAUUCAAUGAAGAUCAGUAAAUAAAACUCAGUCCUGUAGCUAUACGUACCCACACAGGGUGAUAGUCCGCUUCUCCCCAUCCAAAAGAUGGCUUUAGACAGUGCUCUCUCCUCAUUGAUAAAACUCAUUCUUCCUCCUUGAUGUUUCCCUACAAAAACUGGAACUUUUUUUUACUUAGGAAAAAGCUGCUUUUCCAUAGAAUCCACUAUUGAGGCGUUAAAAAUCAGAUUGUGGGAGCUGAAAUGCUUGAGGCCUUGAUACAUCCUAAAGCAGCAGUAAAUGGUUUACACGUUUAACUUCCACGGUUUUCCUUCCAGUUUUUUGUUGUUUUUUAAAAUAACUCCAUCCUGUGUAAGUUUUUUUUGUGCCUGUUAAAAGGAAGAUGUUAACUCAGCUGUUGAAUCGGACUUGACUGCCAACGAGCAAUGAUGGCUUUCAUGUCAUUUCCUCCACAACACAGCACUGAAAGAGAAAGGUACAAAUGGCGGAAUCCUUUGCUCAGGCAUGUAACCCCAUUUAAGUCAAUGAAUCUACUUACAUAACAAACAGUUUCAUAAGGGCUUAAAGGAUUAGGCUCCAAAAUUGUGUCUUUUCAAAUAUAUUAUCCAGGUUUUAAAAUGUAUUAGUUGCAAUUCUAAAUCAAAAAAAUUGCUAUUUAUAACGUAGUAUUUCAUAGGCUUAAAUGUAUUCAUAAUUUAACAGUGCAAAUACUAAUGUACAUAUUGUACAGUUAAGAUUUUUAAAAGCUGAAUAUUUUUAUAUCCCUGAAUUUGAAGAAGUUUGUAACGAUAUCAAACUAGAUUUGUUAGGGGUUUAACAGCAGCAUUAUGGAUGAAAUAGUGCUUGUAUUUUAGUCAGGGAGUUUAAAAAUAUUGAAAAAUGUUUAGUGCAAAACAGCUUAAUUUUGUCUACUAGGUAUUAAAAGCUCUGUAUGCAUGGUGGGGCUAUGUAAAUACUCUGCAAACUAUGGCCCUCUUAAUCUUGCAAGUGUUAUUUAUGGGUCAAGCAAAAUGUAAACUAUAUAUAUGUAAAAACCACACAAGCCUGGAAUAUAUCAGUACAACAAA